AUGCUUUCAUUCUCUUACUACUGCUUUAUGCUGUUACAAAGGAGCAUCUUUAAAAGGCUUCCAGGGGGUUGGAAAAACAGAAACAUUAAAAGACCUUUCACGACUACUUGGAAACUAUGCUUUGGUCAUUAAUUGUUCUCAGAAUUUAGACCAUAUUUCUCUUAUACGCAUGAUAUCUGGCAUUGCUCAAAUAGGAGCAUGGGGCUGUUUCGAAGAAUUCAGUUGCAUCAAAAUUGAAAUUCUUUCUGUAUUAUCACAAGAAAUAAACAGCAUUUUAAAUGCUUUAUCGUCUAAAAGAUAUUUUUUCCCUUUUUGGGGCAUGGACACUCCUGUUCAGGAAAACUGUGGAUUAUUUUUGACUAUAAAUCCAGUUUCCUAUUAUCAUGGAUACAACCUGCCUCCUUUGUUAUCUGAUUUGUUUAGACCCGUGUCUAUGAUUUCACCUGAUAUUGAAGCAAUAAUUCAAAUUAACCUUUUUGCUCUUGGGUUUAAAGAACCUAAAAUACUUGCUGCUGAUAUUUAUUUGAUGUAUAAAAUGAUAGCAGAACAAUUGUCUAAGAAGGAUUACUACAGCUUUGACCUUAGAUCUGUUUGUAAGUUUCUGAAAGUUCUGCGAAACCAAAAAAGGAAUUAUGAAAAUUUUCCAGAUCAUGAGGUCAUAGCUGCUUCUCUUAGAAACUCCAGCAUGUCAGAAUUACAUGCAGAUGAUGUUCCUAUAUUUGAAGAUAUAUUAGAAAAUAUUUUGAGUGGUGUCAAAGAGAUAAAAAAGGAUUUAUCAGUUAUUACUAAUGCUGUGAAAAACAUUCUGAGUAAAAAGUCUCUCCAGCUGACUCACGCUACUCUAUCAAAAAUCAUCCAGUUCUUUGAACAACUACAGUUUCACCAUGCCAUUAUUAUUCUUGGAGAGAGCGGUUGUGGGAAGACAACCACAUGGGAAACAUUAAAAGAAGUGUUUGAUCAUUUACAAUCUCAGAAUGUUGAAAAUUUCAGUUCUGUGCAUACAUAUCUUUUGAAUCCAAAGGCAUUUUCAAAUAAAGAAUUAUUUGGGCAUUUUAAAGCUGCUGGAGUUUGGCAAAAUGGUUUAUUUCCAACUGUAUUAAAGGAAGCUAAUCGAAAUGAAAAAAUCAGGGAAAAGUGGAUAAUUUUAGAUGGGCCAAUUGAUGAUAAAUGGGUUGGAAAUAUUCAUGCAUUAUUGGACAGCAGUAAAGUUUUAACUGUAUCUAAUGGAGAAAGGAUUUUACUGCUGCCUGAGGUUUCCGUAAUAUUUGAGACUACCGACAUUAUUCAUUGCUCUCCUAGUGUUAUUUCUCGUUGUGGAAUUGUUUAUCAUGGAACUGCUACUGUUAGUUGCAAUACACGCAUUUGCUCCUGGCUUCAGCAGAUUGAAAAUGAUGCAGUCAGGAAAACGAUGGAAGAAGUUAUUGAUGUUUAUUUCGAAUAUGUCAUUGAUUUUUCCCUUAGUAAUUUAAAAAGUCUUAAGUUAAUGUGUUCAACAUCUCCCAGUUACAUCUCAUCAUUUUGUAAAAUUGUAGAUGCUUUCAUUAAAAAG